AUUGUUGGAGCGAGUGUUUUGUUUUGUUUUUUUUUUCUUUUCUUGCAUACAUGUUUGUUUGAGUGAGAAUAAUUAUUUUGUAAAUCUUGAGAAACUAUUAUUCAUAUAGUAACGGUAUUCUACAUAAGCCACAUACUUACAUAAUUUUACCAAUAAUAUCGUGUAUAACUAAAUGCAUGCACUUGAAUGUGGAAAAACCUUGCAAAUCGGUGCGAACAACAAUUUCUAAAUAUCUGUUAUUUUAACGUAGAUGAGAAAAAUCCUUAAAAAAUUUUAUAUUAAGUAGCUGAGCUAUAAAAGAAAAGAAAAGAGAUACAGUAAUGGAUCACACGCAGCAACACAAUGUUGGUUAUGAUAGUACACAGCAGCAGCAACAACAACAACAGCCAAAGCCGUCAUUGCCAAAUUCAAAUACCAGUAGAAAUGUACGCAAGCCUAAGCCAUACGUGAAAAUUGUUGAGCAGCCAGCAAGUAAAGCUUUAAGAUUCCGUUAUGAAUGUGAAGGACGCUCCGCUGGCUCAAUUCCUGGUGUCAAUUCGACGUCCGAAAAUAAGACAUAUCCAACAAUUGAAAUUGUCGGUUACAAGGGACGAGCUGUGGUUGUGGUGUCUUGUGUUACCAAAGAUGAACCUUAUCGACCUCAUCCUCAUAAUUUGGUUGGUAAGGAAGGCUGCAAAAAAGGUGUUUGCACAAUAGAAAUAAAUUCAGAAACUAUGCGAACGGUAUUCAGUAAUUUAGGCAUCCAGUGCGUCAAGAAGAAAGAUAUUGAAGCGGCGUUAAAGGCACGUGAAGAAAUACGUGUGGAUCCAUUCAAAACUGGAUUUCAGCAUCGUUUUCAGCCAUCCGGUAUAGAUUUGAAUUCGGUAAGAUUGUGUUUUCAAGUAUUUAUGGAAGGAGAGCAGAAGGGUCGUUUUACGCAACCUCUCCCGCCAGUAGUGUCAGAACCCAUUUAUGAUAAGAAAGCCAUGUCCGAUCUCGUGAUAUGUCGUCUAUGCAGCUGUUCAGCCAGUGUGCUCGGUAAUAAUCAGAUUAUAUUGCUAUGUGAGAAGGUGGCCAAAGAGGAUAUAUCAAUACGGUUUUUCGAAGAGAAGGAUGAGCAAGUCAUUUGGGAGGGAUACGGAGAUUUUCAACAUACCGAUGUUCACAAACAAACUGCCAUCACAUUCAAGACACCACGGUAUCACAAAUUGGAUAUAACCGAACCGGCUAAGGUUUUUAUACAAUUGAAGCGACCGUCAGAUGGAGUUACUAGUGAGGCGCUUCCCUUUCAAUAUAUACCAUUAGAUUCAGGUAGGCAUCGUUUUUGGGAUCUUCGUCGGAACUUGAAAAGGAAACCCGACUUAGAUAUUUUUCAACAAAUUCUCAAUGUUGAUCGUGAGAUACAGCAAACUGCUGUUACGAGUAGUGAAAUAAUCGAUCUUAAUACACCAACAGGAGAAGAAGAAAAAAAUUUUGAAAACAAUCUUUUUGAUAUCGAGACUACACUGACACUGACAAAUGACCCAAAGCACGCGGUGACUGAAGAUCGUAAUUCUUUAGAAAUUGAUUCAAUAAUUGAAGAAAAAAUACGUGAACUUGAACAACAACAAAUAAAGACAGAAACUUCUAUAAAUCCGUCACGAGAAUUUGCAACUAACAUAACACAAGAUGAAGCGCAAGCUGCUUUUGACGUGAAUACCUCCGCAACUGGUGAGAUACCUUCAUUCACAAUUACUGAUAAAAUAAACGAAUGGAUGAAAUCCAAUGAAAACAAUCAAAAAGAAACAAAUGGCCCAUUACCGACCGACAAUAAUGAAGAAGAUAAGACAUUGGAUGACAUUUUAGAACAAGUAGCUGAACUUGAUGAGAUUUAUUCGGAUCGUGUAACGCGCCGCGAUACUUAUAAUAACACCCUUUUGAAUGAAUUAAAUGAUAUGGAUACCUGCAUAGCCACAGAAGCAAGUAAAAAUUUGGUGGAUGGCAGCCAAACUGCUAUGGAAGUCGAUGAAAAUUUCGACGACGCCGCCACCUACACUAGCUUACAGAUUGCUUUUAAGAAUCCUAUUACAAUACCCAUGGAUGAUUUAAUACCAGAAACUAUGACAGAGGUAGCUCAGCAUUACGACCCAGUCGAAGUUAGAAAUUCGCCAGCAACAGACAGUAUUCGAAUACAGAAUGCACAACCAUUGCAAGGCCCUCCCAGACCGCCAGCACCAACAAAAUUUACAUCGCCUUUCAUGCACGUAACAGCAGCCGAAGAGGAAAAGGUACCACCUUUGCCGCCUAAACGUCUGCGUAAACAAGAUAGCAAUGCGGAAAAUCGUUCCAUAGAAGCCAAUAUUGGUGAUACAUCAAAUCGUCCCCAGCGUCAAGCCCCGCCACCCAUUAUUAUAAUGAAAACACCUGAUCAAUCGCCACCCACUAAACGUUUGCCACCAAAGCCUGAUGCGAAUAAUUGCAAUACUUUGCCGAAACAAAAAAAGCCUGGCUUCUUUUCAAAAUUAUUUUCAAGGCGGAAAAGCAAAUCUGACCUUAGUUCUGCUUCAGAUCAAGUAAUUUCGAAAACUGGCUCCAAAACGACCACUCCUGCAGACAGCAGAGAAUCGAGUUUUGGUAACUUUCAUUUGAAUGAUCCGAAUCGGUCGUCUAUACGGUCCGCUAAAUCUCUGCAGCCGUCCUCAUUACCUACCAGUCCACUUGGAAAAACCAAUAAGGUCGGUAAACCAGUGGGUCGUAGUGUAAGCAGUGUAUCUGGCAAAAGGCCGACUCAUCUCAAUGCGGAUGUCGUACAUAUACCUCUUAAAGGUGAUAGUACGAACAGUUUACCUCAACAAGAAGAUUAUUCAAAGGCUAGUACACUAACGCUGAGCAAUACACUCGACCGUAAAACUGUAUCUGCGUUGCAAUUGGCUGAUAUACCGUUAUGCGAGGGCAAUAUGGAAUUGGUAGCAAUAGCAGAUCGACAAAGUUUGCGCAAUCUCUGCCAAGGAGAAUAUAAUGUUCAAAUCGAUCCUGACGUUGAUUUAACCGAGGCUGAACACUUUGCCCUUUAUACGAGUGUGCCACCGCAGGCGACGGUUAGUGAAUUCGAUGAGACUUCUGCUUAUUACGCUGCUGUAGAUGGUGGCGAAAUUUUAACACCCGAAGAAUUGGCUGAACGUUUAGUGGCUGCAAAUCGUAUAAAUUAAUUAUACCGCUGACUCAUUCUAACCAAAGACAAUAUCGAUCUUAAUAGGGAGUCGGAUUACUUCCAGAUCAAUAUUAACUCUGUUUUUUUUAGAAUGGAUACGACGCGUUAAUUUGUCAAUGUAUGCUUUUUGGCAUAUUUUGAUAAAAUAUUUUGUCUUUUUUUAAAAGUAUCACAAUGAAAAGUUAAGCCAAAGGAAAAAUUCUACGACGGCUGAAUUUCAUUUAGUUGAUAUAACGAAAAACAGUUUAUAUUUUUAAUAUAUUUAUAAACUCGUAAAACUCGAUAAUGUGCAUGAAAUGCACAUUGAAUGAAAUUAUGUAACGUUUUUGGCAAUUAAAGUUUAUACUUUACAGAAUAUAAUAAUCUAUAAUCCAAACAUUGUUAAUGAAACAUUCAUUGUAUUAUAAGCAAACAUAUUAUUAUUUUAUAUUGUUUUGUAAUGUAAAACACAUAAGAAUGUUGAACCAAAAUGCAAUCAAAGAAUUUGACAU